AUGGCUGUCCCCAGAUUCAAGCUCAAGGUUGCGGCUGCCCAUGUAGCUCCUGUUUUCAUGGACAAGGUCGCAACCACAGCGAAAGUGGUAGAUCUUAUCCGGGACGCUGGAGCACAGGGCAUCGAGUUACUCGCCUUCCCGGAGACCUUCAUUCCUGGCUACCCAUAUUUUGUCGAGGCAUACCCUCCACUGUCUCAAGCCUCGGCGAUUGCUCAAUACGCAGAGCAAAGCGUGGUUUGUGAUAGCUCCGACCAAUCCAUCCGCGCCAUCCAAGAUGCAUGCCGUGAAGCUGGUGUCACCGUGAGUCUGGGCGUGUCGGAACGCACGAGCGGCGGCUAUACGCUCUUCAACUCGCAGGUGCACAUCGACGCCUCUGGUAGCAUCCUUGGAGUCCACCGUAAGCUACAGCCCACUUAUGCGGAGCGGUAUGUAUGGGCCCAAGGUGAUGGGUCUACGUUGCGUGUCUGGCCAGCCAACGUAACCGAAGGCCGGGGGAGCUACAACCUCGGGGGAUUGUGCUGCUGGGAAAACACCCUCAACGGUGCGAGACAGGCUCUAAUCGAGCAGAAUCAGCAUGUUCAUGUCGGGGCGUGGCCCUCGCUGUCGACGAUGAAAGGAUUUGAAAGCGUUGCCGAUGCUCAAAUCGAGGCGCUGAUGAAGGCGCAUGCACUGACGGCGCAGGUGUUUGUGUUGACAGCAUCAAAUCCCGUGGACGACACUUGCCUCGAUUGGAUGGAGAAGAAUCUUGGCAAGCAGGAUCUUGUAAAGAAAGGGGGUGGUUGGACUGCUGUGAUUCAUCCGUUCUGCUCAUACCUGUCUGGUCCACAUACUGGCGACGAAGAACGCAUGCUGAUUGCAGAGCUGGACUUGCAUGACAUUGGGCAAGUGAAAGUUUGGAUUGACGGGAACGGUCAUUAUAAGCGACCCGAGGUUCUAGAGAUGAAAGUGAACAAGCAACAGUUGUGGCCUUUGCCUGCAGACGAUUAG